GCAGGCGGGGUCAGGGUGAUGUCACAGGAAGCUCGAGCUCCCUGCUGCUGAGCAGAGGCAGUGUGAUAAGCUGCGCUGCAGAGCAGCUUCUCCCCGCACAGGGUCCCCUCCUGGCUGAGCAGCCCCGGCUCUGCUGCCUGACCUCAGCCUGCAGGGCUGCCCGGAGGCUCCCACGCUCGCCGCCUCGCCUGGGCCACAUCCCCCCUGCGGAGUCUCAGAAGAUCCAGCUCCAUCCUGAGGACGUUUGUCCCGAGCCUUCGGAAGCUGGGCUGCUGUGCUCACCUCGGACGUCUCUAACGGAACAAAUGUGCUGUCUGUGUUGACAUGCAUCCCAUCCUGGAAUGAACCCGAGCUCUGCGUGUUGUUCCAGGGCUCUACGAUGAUACAGCAACCAUUUGUGCUGGCACCUGUCCAGACUUUGGAUGGCCCUACAUUCAGGUCAUGACCCUUGGAUUUAAGGGAUUCUUCAGGACAAUGUCCAAUAUGAUCCGAGGGAAAAUGUAAUUUGAGUCUGGAGACAGCUGUGUAUAUCAACUAAUAAUAAAAACCAGUAUAGCUGAUAGAAGAGAAAACGUUAUUUGGAAGUUUGCUACAGUUAAGACGAAAAGCUGUGUCUAGUUUGACUUACGUUGUGUAGCAAACUUCAUUCUGGCUUCAGUGAUGGAGAAAAAGGGUAUCCGGUAUUUACUGCUAGUCUUGCCUUUCUUUAUGAUUCUUGACAUGGCAGAAUCAGAGGAGAACACUGAUGGCUUAAGUCAGUUCGGUUUCUAUACUAGAAAUAAAAUCAUGACAGCUCAAUAUGAAUGUUACCAAAAAAUUAUGCAAGACCCGAUUCAACAAACAGAAGGCAUUUACUGCAACAGAACCUGGGACGGGUGGUUGUGCUGGAACGACGUCGCCGCUGGAACCGAGUCCAUACAGCACUGCCCCGAUUACUUUCAGGACUUCGACCCAUCAGAAAAAGUUACAAAAAUCUGUGACCAAGACGGAAACUGGUUCAGACACCCACUGAGCAACCGGACGUGGACCAACUACACCCAGUGCAACGUGAACACACACGAGAAAGUGAAGACCGCGCUGAACCUGUUCUACCUGACGAUCAUCGGACACGGACUGUCCAUCGCCUCACUGCUUAUCUCGCUUGCCAUAUUCUUCUAUUUCAAGAGCCUAAGUUGCCAGAGGAUUACCUUGCACAAAAAUCUGUUUUUCUCCUUCGUUUGUAACUCUGUUGUAACCAUCAUCCACCUCACGGCAGUGGCCAACAACCAGGCUUCAGUGGCCACAAAUCCUGUCAGUUGUAAAGUGUCUCAGUUCAUUCAUCUCUACCUAAUGGGCUGUAACUACUUUUGGAUGCUCUGUGAAGGCAUUUACCUACACACACUCAUUGUGGUGGCUGUGUUUGCAGAGAAGCAGCACUUGAUGUGGUAUUAUUUUCUGGGCUGGGGAUUUCCACUGAUUCCUGCUUGUAUACAUGCUGUUGCGAGAAGCUUAUAUUACAAUGACAACUGCUGGAUCAGUUCUGAUACCCAUCUCCUCUACAUUAUCCAUGGUCCGAUUUGUGCUGCGCUACUGGUGAAUCUCUUUUUUCUAUUGAAUAUUGUACGUGUUCUCAUUACCAAGUUAAAAGUCACUCACCAAGCAGAAUCCAAUCUCUACAUGAAAGCCGUGAGAGCGACGCUCAUCCUGGUGCCGUUGCUCGGCAUCGAGUUCGUGCUGAUUCCGUGGCGGCCUGAGGGGAGGAUUGCAGAGGAGAUAUAUGACUACAUCAUACACAUCCUUAUGCACUACCAGGGUCUUUUGGUUUCUACAAUUUUCUGUUUCUUUAAUGGAGAGGUUCAAGCAAUUCUGAAAAGAAAUUGGAAUCAAUAUAAAAUCCAAUUUGGUAACAGCUUUUCCCAUACAGAUGCUCUCCGAAGCGCGUCUUACACAGUGUCAACUAUCAGUGAUGGUACAGGUUACAGUCAUGACUGUCCUAGCGAACACUUAAAUGGAAAAAGCAUCCCUGAUAUUGAAAAUGUUGUCUUAAAACCAGAAAAGUUAUAUGACUGAUGAUUGAGGGAGUCCUGUGUAGCUGUUUUGUGCCACUCCUAACUAAAGGGCUUGGAUCCAUGACUUUACAACCAGAAGACUUCACUACUCGAUGACGGUCUCGAAUGCCACCAAGAAAACCCACACCUUGAUUCAGUAGUGUGUUAUUAAAUAUUUAACAGCUAGCUCUUUGGGAGAAAAAACUAAAACAAAAUACCCUGAUUUGUAAUGUUUUCUAGUUUCUGUGGUGUAUUCUCACCGUGGUUGAUUUCAGGCCACAAAUCUGACAUUCCUGAAAGUGAAAUUGGGAAAAUAGGAGUACAAUCAACUCUUAUAGGCUGGUAUGGACCAGCUCUAGGAUAUCACUGCAUGAAUUUACAAAUAAGUAGGACUAUAAAAGUUCAUAUACACAUUGGACAUGCUUCUACUCCCACUGACUAAUGAGAGCUAAGUAAGGCCUCCAGACUCCAAGGGAGAACUAGCUUUUCCUUUGUUUGUUUUUGAAAUCUUUAUCCCAUAUUCACUGAUGCAGUUGUUUUUUUGUUUUUUUGUUUUUUUGUUUUUUUUUUCCUCCCCAGUAAGUAUUCUAGCCUUUUCUGGAUUUACCCUUUCAAAUGGACUGGAGAGAGAAGUGAUUAUUUCUGUUGGCUUACCCUUUUCUCUCCAAGAGAAGUGACUGAACAGAACUGCUAUUGGCUAUCCACUGGCCGGUGUAGCAGUUAUAGCUGAUGGCAUCUGAUUUUGAGAUUCAUGAAUAGUUUGUAGGACGUGCAAUCCUACUGUGCUAUCACUAGGGAGACGUCUUGGUUGAUGUUACAAACAACUUGUCAGCUACUUUCCUAUCUUACUACACAAGUGGGAGGGCAUCAGUUUCCCUGUAUUUGUAAAUAGAAACUGCCCCUUCCAUUUCUACUGUGUAGACAGAUUAGCAGUUAUUUUACAUGAAGAAAAUCAGUGAAGGAUUUCUAAUUUUCUUGGAAGUUUUUAAAAAGAAAGUGUUGUGAAAAUAAGCUUGUAGAUACUUUGCUAUUCUAUUUUAUAGUCUUAAAUGCAUAUAAUCUAGAUAAGUUUAAAAAACAAAUACAUAAUGUAACAAUGUAUGCUUAUUGAUAUCUGAUACUGUGUCUGGGCUGAUUUUAUAAUAAAAAAGAGUCUGGAAUUCUAUAUUUGGUAAAUAUUUUAAAGACAACCAGAUGCCAGCAUCAGAAGUUUGAGAACCAAGAGAAUAGAAAUAUCUGUGAUAUGAUAUAAAAUAUUUAUUAAAAAAACUCAAGGCCACUGUUUAAUUACAUUAGCUUAGGUGAUUCUUUAAUAACUUAAUAAUAAGUAUGUUUGACAUAUUUCUCCUUUUAUUUUGACGAUGAAUUUGCAUUCUAAUCCAGAAGCUUUAAAGGAUUCCUAAUAAAUGUCAAAGUGCCACUCUUACAGUUUUUACACCAGUAAAAAUAUUACUUUUCUGACUCAUACUGUAUGAGUCAGAACAUUUGGAAAUGUUCCAGACUAUUUUUUUAAAAACACAACUAGAGGAAUACUAUGGAUGUGUAUAUAUCAUCUAUGAUGCUUUAAUAGAGGUGCUGUGAUAAUACGAUACUAACAAGUCAGUGAAAGACUCGAAUCUAUCAGUGAGGAAGACUUGUCAGAACGUUCAGGAGUAAUUAAGAUGGAGGAAAACCUUGCUAAUGAAUUAAAGGGACGUUUAAAUGGGAUUCAUAUUCCCUAAUGUUAUUUUCCACUCAAAUUUCUGGAAAACAAAAAUGCCUUCAAUUAGUAAAAGUCCAUUUGAGGAGAAUUCACUGUGUGUAUGUGUUUUCCUAGUGUGUUAAUUUGUUUAAAAUGGAUUAAACUAAUGACUUAGUAAUCAUA